AUGACCAGUUCCUGUCCGACGGAUGAGUUUGGUCCGGAACGACAGACGGUGUUGGAUGUGGCGGCAGCAUCGGGUCAACUGAGUGUCUUGUUGGCACAAGAGUUUGACCAUGUUGUGAUCGCCAUGGACAAGUCGGAACGACAAUUGGCACAUGCCAAAAAGAAUAUUCGCUAUCAGGUGGGAAAUGCUACCCAAUUGCCAAAUUCCGAACAGGGUGAAUUCUAUGAUGCCAUUACCGUGGCCCAAGCCUAUCAUUGGUUCCUGAAGGAUACUACGGACCAAUUGUUUCUCCAAGAAGCACGUCGUGUCUUGCAUCCUUCGCAUGGCAUUGUGGGGAUCUUUGGAUAUGGAAUAUGUGCCAUUACCAACAACGAUGCACUCCAUACCGUAUUCCAACACGAGUUUUAUCACCAACGCCUCAAGAGUCACUGUGCGCCAAAAGACUCCUUUUGGAAUGUCGAUCGACGAUUGGUCGAUCAUGCCUUUGCCGAAUUGCCCACAUACAACAGUAUGGAAAUUAUUGUCCAACGACACUACCACAAACAAACCGAAUCUUGGACGCGACACCAAUUCCUCGAUUAUGUGCGAACGUUUAGUGGACUCGUCAAUUUACGACAACACUGUGCCCAACAACAACAACAAGAUCCCAUGGAAUGGUUGCACCAGCAAUUUACAUCUGAUACAACAGAAGAAGAAGAAGAGUCAUUGUUGUUGGAGGUGGAAUUCCCAUUCUUUCUCAUUGUACUCAAACCAGUCCACAAGAAACCAGAAACAAAAUGA